GAAGACGACGACAACAGGGAGGGAGAGGAGGAAAGUUUCCUCCUUUCUUGUUCAAAUCCAACUUUUUCUUUUUCUUUUUCUUUGGCUUUUUUCGUUACCGCGUGAUUACGAAUCUCGUCCUUAUCAACACUCUCAUUUUCCUUAUUUUCCUUUGAAAUUUCCUUGCUUAAACGCGUUCAGAUGAGCAUUAAAGAAGAGCAGGGGGAAGAAGAAAGUAGACUACUUUCGUCCAGUUUCUGAGAGAUGUUAGCGUUGAGCAAGGGGGUGGAGAACGGGCACGUGGAGAGACUUGCCGUGAGGUUUUCUCAAGUGGGUGUUGAAGACUCUUCUCGCUUGCUGGAGAAAGACUUCAAAAAUGAUAACUUGUUGCUGGUCAUCAAAGCUGUUGAAGCUGCUGAAACCACCAUCAAGCACCAGGUGGAUGAGAAUAGCCGUUUAAAGGCUGAACUUCAGAGAAGUACUCUUGAACUUGCUAGAUAUAAAUCAGAUGAAUCCUUGCUCCAAACAUCUAAUCCUGGAGAUCACUCAAAUACUACUACUGUCUCUAGCUUGGCUCACAGGCCAGUUGAACGUGAAGAGACUGUGAUCAAAGCUUCAGAUGCCGAUUCAUUAGGCAUGGUUGUUGUUCACAACCAUGUGAAUUCUAAUGGCGAAGAAGCUACUGUGAGUAAUCGUUUCCAAAGCCCAUCUGAGCAAAAUAUGGUUAAUGGCAUUGUCAAAGGAGCUAGUCCCUCUCUUAUGAGAACGCAGUUGGAAGGAGCGCAUGUUACACAUUUCAAUUUAUCUACUCAUGGGUUUAUGCCGGUUGGAGAAGUAAAUGAUUCGGACAAUGCUUGGAAGCAGGACCUCAUUCACAAGGUCCAUGAAAACGAACAAAGAAUUUUGCACUUGAGGAGAUAUCUUACUGAUUGUUCUGUUAAGGAAGCUCAAACUCGCAAUGAAAAAUAUAUUCUGGAAAAGCGAAUGGCCUACAUGCGUCAGGCAUUUGAUCAACAGCAAGAAGAUCUUGUUGUCGCUGCAUCAAAAGCUCUCUCUUACAGACAAGAGAUAAUUGAAGAAAAUAUACGCCUAACAUAUGCCUUACAGGCUACACAGCAAGAGAAAUCUACAUUUGUAUCAUACUUGUUGCCUCUUCUAUCUGAGUAUUCUCUACAACCACAGGUUUCUGAUGCACAGUCUAUUGUUAGCAAUGUGAAGGUUAUAUUUAAGCAUCUACAAGAGAAGCUCCUUCUUACUGAGACAAAGUUAAAGGAGUCAGAAUAUCAAUUAGCACCUUGGCAGUCAGAUGUGAACCACUCAAAUGAUUCCCCAGUUGGUGUAGCGUUAACCCACUCAACGAAGGAUUCUCUAUAUGAUCAAACAGCCAUGGAGUGGGAUUCUAAGCGCUGGCAUCAAGAUGAGCCAGGUAGCUCAACUAUGAGUAGUUUCCAGUUUGAUGAUUCUAGAAGGUUUUCGCCUCUAGUGAACGGUCACUUCCCAGGUUUUGAGAUGCCUCAGCAACAACCUGGUACGACUAGUGAAGAUGAAUCUCGUGGCUGGAAGCAAGUAGAGGACACUCCAGCUAAGCAUGUUCAGUUUCUCGAGCCUCUCAGCAAGAUAGUGAUGGAAGAUGCAAAAGGAGAGUCAGAUAAUACCAAAAAUUCACCAUAUGUGCCUGCGUUUGAUGAUCCUCCUAGCUCCUCAAAUUCUCCUCUUUUGUCUCCCGUUCUUGAAGAACCGUCUUCCUCAUCCGAUGAGGAUGAGGAUGAUGACCCGUUGCCAGCUAUAGAGGACCUACAAAUUUCAGGAGAGCCUUAUCCUGGACAUGAGCUUCAGGCGUGUGGUUACUCUAUUAAUGGAACAACAAGCUGUAAUUUUGAGUGGGUGUGUCAUUUAGAAGAUGGAUCUGUGAAUUACAUUGACGGAGCAAAGCAGCCAAACUAUCUUGUCACUGCUGAUGAUGUUGACUUAUAUCUUGCUAUUGAAGUUCAGCCUUUGGAUGACAGGAACCGCAAGGGGCAGCUUGUCAAGGUCUUUGCCAAUGAAAAUCGGAAGAUAGCUUGCCAUCCAGAGAUGCAGAGCCAUAUAGAGAAGACUCUUCAUAGUGGUCAUGCUUCAUACAAAGUUUCUGUUUCGGUAUUAACAUUUUCUAUUCCAACUCCUAUGUUUGGGAUAUAUGUAUUCUUUGACCUUUUUUGGAUUAAUACUUCAUAUGCAUGCGGCUUUGAACAGACUGGUUUCUUGAAUAUAUGGGAAGAAGCUAUGUUAUCUAUUAAGAGAGAAGGUUACAGUAUCAAGUGUAGUAACGAUAUCAUGGUUGCAGAAAAGUUCUCAUCUUCAACUUCUGUAACAAUCCCGUUUGGGCAGCCUGAAGAAUUUGUUAUAACUGGUUCUAAUGGUACUGAGUAUACUUUACGAGGAGAUCAUGGAUCAGCAGACCUUUGCUGCUCAAGAGAUGCAAUAGUACUCACCCUGAGAUUGUUUACCAUGAGGGCUCUGCAGAGAAAGAAGGGAAAGAAGAAAGGAUUUUUGUUUAACAAAUAAUAGAUUUUUGUAUAUAGUUUACUAAUGGAUGUGGCUUAUGUCAGUUGCAAAUCAUUUAGAUUUCCCCACCUUGUUGCCUUGUCAAACAAUUUAUUCAUGAUAAAUGGAAAAAAAAAAAUGAAAAACA